GUCUGCAUUAUCUGAUUGUUUUUGUUUGACGUCACAAAAAGGAACCUUUUCUCUCCCCUCGAAUCGGAGAGCUCAGAAGUCUUUUGUCAGCCUCUGGAGGAGGAGCAGGAAUCCCAAAUCUCAAUGAGUAGUCCAUUGGCUUUGGAGACAGUAGAAGGUAAGAGACUCUCUCUGUAUUAGACUGUCCGGAGACCAAUGUGGAGAUGAGAAGCACUUGUGGUCUGGGAUUUCUACUCUUUGCAGCUUUAUUAGGGGCGAUUGGUGUUUGGUUCAUACCAGUACAUUCAGCGACUGCGGAUCUGCUUUUACUACUUACGGGUAGAACAGCCACCCCGCCAACUACGGUAACUGAACCCUAUCCGCACAUGAGACAGCGUACGGAGGCAGGGGGUUUGGAUGCACACGUUACAGGCGUCACAUUAGAGACCGCGCAGGACGAACUCACUCACUCACAAGACGUAUCUUACAGUUCCCCUUUGAGGGACACCAACUCUCCAUCUUUUGACUUCACGCCACGUGCAGAUACUCAAAACUCACCGUCUGAUUUGGAACUAACAUCUCUGCAUUCGGCGGUAGUAGCCAACACAGAUAAAGAGAGAGUCGCAGAGACGGUACUCACCACACAACACCGAACUUCACUUCCGCACACUUUUCCUACUGAACAUCAGUCAGGGGCUCCUGACAUCACCACUACUGCGAUGGAGGUGAACAAAGACAUGUGUGUCCCAUACUCUGGACUAACCGAUGCAGAAGUACUGGCUGUUGUCAUAGGAGUAUUAUUUAUGACCAUCUUACUUAGUGCACUUUUCUACCAGUUUGUGGUUUUCAUGAAAAAGAAGAAAGCAAUUAGGAACAGCUCCAUUUACAUCAUCGAAAACGAACUUCACAAACAUGACAUUGAAGGAAAUAGUUUCCAGCCAGACACCAGGCUCUAGGCCAUGGAGAAGUACACAGCGUUCCUCAUCAUGCAACAGAUCACGU